GAGGAGGAGGAGGAGGAGGAGGCGAAGGGGGUAGGAGUUUGGUUGAGCUGCAGCUGUUUGUCUGUUCCACACAGGCUUGGGCCCGACGGGGGAUACGGAGCCCCAGGUACCGAGCUGAUGGAGCCCACAAGGGCAGAGGCGGAGGUCCCGAGAGGAGCGCCGCCUGGCCUGUGGCAGAGGCGGGGCGGGCCGACGUCAGGGCUCCAGAACCUCCUGGAGAGGGCCGAAGGGGCUGUCCCACAGGCCUAGUGGGCGCUGAGGAGGACUGUUGAGGCCUGGAAGUCCCUCCCCUUCCCCUUCCCCCUUUGCCGCUUUGUGGCAUUCCCCUCCCUCUACCUUCUCCUACUUUGAUAACCUGGCUAUGACUAGCAGAAGUACAGCCAGGCCCAAUGGGCAACCCCAGGCCAGCAAAAUAUGCCAGUUCAAAUUGGUCCUGCUGGGAGAGUCUGCAGUGGGGAAGUCUAGCCUGGUGUUACGUUUUGUCAAAGGACAGUUCCAUGAAUACCAGGAAAGCACCAUUGGAGCGGCCUUCCUCACCCAAUCCGUGUGUUUAGAUGACACAACAGUCAAGUUUGAGAUCUGGGACACUGCUGGGCAGGAGCGAUACCACAGUUUAGCCCCUAUGUACUACAGGGGUGCCCAGGCUGCAAUCGUGGUCUAUGAUAUUACUAAUCAGGAAACGUUUGCUCGGGCAAAGACAUGGGUAAAGGAACUACAGCGGCAAGCCAGCCCUAGCAUUGUUAUUGCCUUGGCAGGGAACAAAGCUGACCUUGCCAACAAGCGCAUGGUGGAGUAUGAAGAGGCUCAGGCAUAUGCAGAUGACAACAGCUUAUUAUUUAUGGAGACUUCAGCUAAGACUGCUAUGAACGUGAAUGAUCUCUUCCUGGCAAUAGCAAAGAAGUUGCCAAAGAGCGAACCCCAGAAUCUGGGGGGUGCGGCAGGCCGAAGUCGGGGUGUGGAUCUUCAUGAGCAGUCCCAGCAGAACAAGAGCCAGUGUUGUAGCAACUGAGGGGUGGCUCGAAGCAAAUAUGUAUGGAGUUAGCACGAGAGCUAAGAAAUAACCUCCAUCCCCACCCCUCAGCACACAGUCCCUACGGUAACAGCACACUGAGCCCUGGCUCCCAAGGGCUGCCUCCUGACAGCUCCGUCAUGGCACUUUUUAAUGCUUCAGCAACCAACACCAGGCAGCUGUUGCCACUACUAUGCCCUACCUGGGGCUUGGGGUCACAUCUCCCCAGGACCUUCCUUCCAAAACAAACUUCUUCACUUCGUGUUCUAGGUGCAAGACAGUGACCUUCUCAUUGUCCCCCACCCCCGUGUUUUUCCAGUGUUUCAGAGAAGACUUCUGUCUCCUGCCUCACAUCCCACCUUUCAUCAUUACUCCCUCUUCUUGAUCCUGUUUCUCCUCUUUACAAGAUGAUGAAGGGUAAUCCCAGGGACUGAGAAGGGAGGGAUAUACUUUUAGUUACAUUAAAGACCUUGUGGGGAGAGUAAGGCUCGCAGCAGGAGGGAGUGAGGAAACAUUGCUUUCCCAUUUUAUUUAUCUGGUAAGAGUUUCUUGUCUAUGAAACACUGCGGCACCAAUGAGUAGGACUUGUGGAGGGCGUUCCUAGGUAGGAGUGAGAACAGGGAGUCAAGCUCGCAGGCACUGAAUGGGAGUUUAUUAGUAGGACAAAGGUUGAGGUGCAGUGUCAUCCGUGGCUCUGGAACUUGCCCCGAGGCUGGUUUCCCUUUUGUCCCCAUCCACUCACCCCACUCGAGUGUGGGGAUUGGACCUCAGAGUGCUCCAAAGAAUCUUCACUGGUUGCCUGCACCUUUAGCUCUGCUGUGAUCUAAUUGGAGGAGGUACUCUGAUACCGUCCUCUGAGGCCUAUGUAUACAUAGGCAUUUCCCCUACCCUGGCCUUGAGAUGGCCUUAACCCCAGACACCAUGCCCCUGCAGUUUGCACUUUAAUUGAUGGUAGUUCAGUCAAGAUACAGGUUUUUUUGUGUGUGGGGGGGGGGGGGUUGAUUGAUUUACCUAUCCUUCAACCGUUUUAAUUAAAUGGAAUCUACAAUGAAUGAGGUUUGGCCCUAUAGAAGACAGUAGCAGUGGCAGCUACUCACACCCAGUCUCCACUGCUAGCUUCCUGACUGAUUCAUACCUCUAUUCUUGGGUAUAGGUUUGUCUGAGCAACUGGGGAGUGGCCUCAGAAUAGCAUGGGCCAUGGUAGUGGAGUAAAGAAAGGUCAGGCAAAAGGAGUGUUCUAUCUUCCCAGGGUUCACAUUCAGUUUGCUAUGUCUUACCAUGUCUUUUCUACUUCCCUGUAAAUACGUAUAAGUCUUUAUUCUCUGUACAGUCUGCUCUGCCUCCUGGCUCCCAUUAGCCUUCUUUUCUUCUCCUUUUGUUAAUAUCUUGGGUUUAGUUCCUCCUUCAUUCCCCCACUUACUCUUACUUAAUCCGUGUACCACUAGGGGCUCCUACCACAAAGGCUGCUUGUCCAAUGACAGGGCAGCUAGAACUGAAGGUGCCUCACAACUGCCUUGUAUCAUCAGAGGGCUUUGGUCCUUCCUAAGUCUCUGGCCUCUCUACGUCCUAUAUUAGGUGUUUGAGGGUGUCUGUGGGAAGCCAUCAAAGCAAGAGGAAACUUGGUAUUUUAGCCAGAGUUUGGGAGAAACAUGCAGAAGAAAGGAAAAGACCACGGUAACCUCGAGUUGAGCCUUUCUGCCCCUUGGGCUCAGAGACUGACUUGUGUUCCAGAGCAGCUGAGGAAUCCAUGAGGCCAAGAUUCUCAAGGACCCAACUUAGGUUCCUCCACUUAGGACUCAAUUCUCUUCCUUUUCCAGGGGCAGCCUUAGUUCUCAUGGCCCUGAAACAUAUAUUUACUUUCCUAGAACCUGUUCAUCUGCAAAAUAUCCAGGCACAUCCUUUUUACAAGUGGAGACUCGAGGGAAGCUCUCCAAGUCUCUUAGAAACUUAAUUCCUUCUCUGCAAAAGUGAAGAUGUUUUAUUGCCUUGGGGCUGGGAAACCAUUUCCCUAGGCUUUCCCUCCCUCCCUCCUUCCCUCCCUCCCCCCCUCUCUUAGGAACAGUAUUGGCCUUAGUUCCUGGCCUACCUGCUGCCUUCCCUCUCCUCCUGCCAGCUCUCCUGCCUUCGCUGGAGCUCUGUUGGGCUUGAGGGGUUUUGUUCUCUCCCUCCCCUCCCCCGUUACCUUUUUUCUUUUGAUCAGUUUUUAGGGGGAGGGCUCAACAUUUUUGCCUUUAUAUUUCUUUCCUAAGGAAGCAUUUGCCUUUCUUUCACUCUCCUAACAUAACAAUCGUGGUAACAGAAUGCAACUGCUGAUUUAUCGAUGUAUUUAAUGUAAGUAAAAAAGGAAAAAAGAAAGUGCACUGGACUGUUGUUUUGUUUGUCUGCCUGAAACUAAAAAAUGGGAAGAAAGGGCCCAGAGAAAUAAAUCCAUGAUACCUCAAGCAUCCUUUCCCUCCACCUUGGCACCUCUAACUAGUCGAAGAACCAAUUUGGAAAAUAACCCUUUUUAUUUCUUUGAUUUUGUUUUUAUUUUUAUUUGUGUGUGUGUGAGAGAGAGAGAGAGAGCGCUUAUGUUCAGAGAUACAUGAUUUAUCAAAUGUGCCUUAUUUUUCUUUGUUUGUUGGUAUAGUCUGCAUCUCUUGAACCACAUUGAGAUUAGACAGAGGAAUGCCAUAUCUGAACUGUUGGGACCAGUAUGCAAUAUUUUUGCAUUUUUCUAGGGCUCACUUGUAUAUUAGUUUCUGAAUUGGAUCCAUAACUUUAAGAUUAAACAGAGAAAAGAUAACUGGGGCUUUUCGGCUUUCGGCUUGGAGGAGGCAACGGUGCAACUUUCUUCGGUCGUCCCGAAUCCAGGUUCAUCCGACACCAGCCGCCUCCACCAUGCCGCCCAAGUUCGACCCCAAUGAGGUCAAAGUCGUGUACCUGAGGUGCACCGGAGGCGAGGUCGGUGCCACAUCCGCCUUGGCCCUGAAGAUCGGUCCUCUGGGUCUGUCUCCGAAGAAAGUUGUUGAUGACAUUGCCAAGGCUACCAGUGACUGGAAAGGUCUCAGAAUUACAGUGAAACUGACCAUCCACAACAGACAGGCCCAGAUUGAGGUGGUGCCCUCUGCCUCUGCCCUGAUCAUCAAAGCCCUCAAAGAGCCACCAAGAGACCGGAAGAAGCAGAACAUUAAACACAGUGGGAACAUUACUUUUGAUGAGAUUGUCAACAUUGCCCAGCAGAUGAGACACCGGUCUUUGGCUAGAGAACUUUCUGGGACUAUCAAGGAGAUCCUGGGUACUGCACAGUCUGUGGGCUGCAAUGUGGAUGGCCACCACCCUCAUGACAUCAUAGAUGACAUCAACAGUGGUGCAGUGGAGUGCCCAGCUAGUUAAGAAGCAACAAGAAAAUAUUUCAAUAAAAGACUAUCUGAUAACCA